AAGCAUCUUUUACCUAUCACUUCCUAAAGAGGGCAUUGUUUAUAAAUAUCAUCCAGUGGAGCUGAGAGCUGGGGGGCUACAAAAGGCCACCCACCUUCUCCCCAUUGUUCACUGGCAUCAUUGUUGAUCUCAGCUGCUCAGCUAUGGCCCCCAAGAAACCCAAGAAGAGGACAGGAGAGGGAGCCAAUUCCAAUGUGUUUUCCAUGUUUGAGCAGGCCCAGAUUCAGGAAUUCAAGGAGGCAUUUACCAUCAUGGACCAGAACAGAGAUGGCUUCAUCGACAAGAACGACCUGAGGGACACUUUUGCAGCUCUCGGACGCCUGAAUGUGAAACAGGAAGAAAUUGAUGAGAUGCUCAAAGAAGCUCCGGGCCCAAUCAACUUUACCGUCUUUCUUACAAUGUUUGGGGAGAAACUGAAAGGUGCUGAUCCAGAAGAGACCAUCCUCAAUGCUUUCAAAGUGUUUGACCCCGAGGGGAAAGGCGUGCUGAGGAAGGACUAUGUGACACAGAUGCUGACAACACAAGCUGACCGGUUCACCCCUGAAGAGAUGGAGCAGAUGUUUGCUGCCUUCCCUCCUGAUGUGGCAGGCAACCUGGACUACAAGAACCUGGUGCACAUUAUCACCCACGGAGAGGAGAAAGACCAGGAGUGAAUGUCUCCGCAGGGACAUGCGGAGAUAAAUGGACUGUGAUUCAUUCAUGCCGUAGUUUCUGUGCUGCAAGAUCACACAACAGGAUCAAGAUCAGACCCACCCAAAAACAGACACAUCCCCCAACAACGUGCAUUUCUGAGUAGUCUCAUCCUAUUCUCAUUUUUGAUUUUGUUAUUGUUUUCAAUGAAAAUAUCCAUCUGGCUUGUGCUUGUUUGUCAAAUAAAAGUUCUCAGAGAAAUCA